UACUUGGAACUUUCACUUACCGGAUACAAAAAAGAAGUAAUGAGAAGAAUCCAGUUGUUAGAAUUACUCGUGUGUUUAUUAGUGCAGCUAGGAACCGAAAAACAACUGCAUCAGCAAUAUCUUUGGAACUGGAGCUCAUGGUAUCCUACCUCAUGGUGGUUUUCAAGAUUUCAAACAUUUCUAUCCAAUUGACACAAGUUUUUGUACAUCACAGGUUCCCUAACAAAACAUUGCUUGCACCUGAUGGUUCUGAGGAAGAUGGAAAAGUUUGCAGCUUCGUUGACGUCGAAGAGGCUAAGGCAAUUCUUAGGUUGACUCCAAUAUGGACUACGUGUUUGGUAUUUGCCAUUGUUUUUUUCCAGUCAGCCACUUUGUACCUAGCAAGGCAUGAUGAUGGACAGAUCUAUUGUGUCAAACUUCCAAAUACCAGCUGCGUCUUUAGAAUCUUUCAUUGCCUUAUCUGUAAUGUCGCUCUUCCUGAAUAUGACACUGUUCUGGUUCUGCGUCUUAACAAUCCGAAGGCAACUGUUCCAGUGAGUAUCUGGUGGUUAAUACCUCAGUAUCUAGUGUAUGGCAUCUCUCAGGCAUUUACCAUGAUCGGUCUGCAGGAGUUUUUCUAUGAUCAGGCGCCAACAGAACUGAAAAGCAUAGGUCUCUCUUUACUCCUGCGUAUUUGGCAUAGGGAGCUUCUUGAGAAGUUUACUCAUUUCAGUAAUUGA